CAAAGUGAGGAAGCUGUCUCCAUAGGGAAGAGGCCUGAUGUGGACUGUCCGAACUGAAGGAGGGCACCUUCCUCUCCAUAGUCCCACCUUCUCCUGGAGGAAUGUAGCUUUCCUGCUGCUUCUCUGCCUUGCUUUGGAGUGGACUUCUGCAAUGCUGACCAAGAAGAUCAAACACAAACCAGGGUUAUGUCCCAAAGAGAGGCUCACCUGUACCACUGAACUUCCGGAAUCAUGCAACACAGAUUUUGACUGCAAGGAAUAUCAGAAGUGCUGCUUUUUUGCCUGUCAGAAGAAGUGCAUGGAUCCCUUUCAAGAACCCUGCAUGCUACCUGUGAGACAUGGAAACUGUAAUCAUGAGGCACAGCGCUGGCAUUUUGACUUUAAAAAUUACCGCUGCACACCCUUCAAAUACAGGGGCUGCGAAGGGAAUGCCAACAACUUCUUAAGUGAGAAUGCCUGCAGAACGGCCUGCAUGUUAAUUGUUAAGGAUGGACAAUGCCCACUCUUCCCUUUCACUGAACGUAAGGAGUGUCCACCUUCAUGUCACAGUGACAUCGAUUGUCCCCAGACAGACAAAUGUUGUGAAUCCAGGUGUGGCUUUGUUUGUGCCAGGGCCUGGACAGUCAAAAAAGGUUUCUGCCCACGCAAGCCCUUGCCAUGUACCAAGAUUGAUAAACCCAAGUGCCUGCAGGAUGAGGAGUGCCCAUUAGUGGAAAAGUGCUGCUCACAUUGUGGACUGAAAUGUAUGGACCCCAGACGUUGAAUAGUAAGUAGAAAAUAUUAUCAUCAAAAUCAUUAAUUAUGAGUAGCAUGAUAAAGAGCUGUCAGUUUUGUCUUGUAUCCAACUUGCCAAAUUAUCUUAAGUAUCACAAUAUUGAAUGAUGUUACUUUGAUUUUAUAUAUAAUCCCAUCAUCUGAAAGUGAUGAUAUAUUUGGCUUUUUUUCAACUUCAUGACUUUAUUUUCUUGUCUUCUUGUAUUGUGUAGAACCUCCAAAAUAAUAAUGAAAAUAAAGGCAAUGGCAUCCA